GCUCUCUCUUUCCCUCUCCCCCACUCCCCAUCUCCCCCUCCCUCUGUGAAUAUAACAGUAUCUCCAUGCUUUCACACACACACUCAGUUCAGCGUUGCAGAGGGGAUGGACACAGAGUGCAGGAGCAUACCACCAAAUAGUAAAUCAGUGUGACUGAGACACAUAAUACAACUCCUUCCCAGUGGCAGCGUCUAUGCAAAAAUGGGUUGUGGCAAUUCCUCAGCCGCCAGCACCUCAGGAGGGGGACCUGCAGAAACCUCCAAAGAUUUGACAGAUGAGUCCUCACCAGACGAUGAGAAAAGAAGGAACUAUGGCGGGGUGUACGUAGGUCUACCAUCUGACAUGACCACCGUUGCAGGCAGCCAGUCCAAGUCCACAGACAAAAACUAACAGAUAUAGAAGGGAAUCAUUGACAUGCAUCACAGGACUGUAGCUACAAUAUUCAGAACAUACAGAGACAUUACAUUUCUACGUUGAGAGGAGGAUUACUGACUCAUCGUCACAUCCCUGCCUCCGUAAGACCCUGGGGAAUCAGGCAGAUAUGAGGUCAGCCUGCUUGGGUCCUGAGGAAACUGCCUCAGAAUGGCACCGAGUAGACCUUCAAUGGAUGCCUUUGUCUGAGGAUUCUUUGCCCUUUCUGACCUUCACAGGAAGCCGGGCAGCAGCAGAGAAGUCGGGUGGGUAUGGGACGACUGCGGAUAUUGGGACCAACAUUAUGGAAUCCGGGGCAAUGUUCUGGACAAGCUCCUUGUGUUUAGGAAGAGAUGUGACACACACAGCCCAGUCACACUGAGACGCCUCCUCGACCGGCUCUGUAAACAUUUCAUCCAAGUGCUGGUGGAGAUAGAUGUUUUAUGUGGUGGGAGAGAUAGUGGACCCACACAGUGGCUCAAACACAAGCAGUGCUAUUCACUUUUAUGAUUAUGGCGUAUUUUAGGUCACCCAGUUUUCAUGUUUUGUUCCGUAUCAGAUACUGUAAAUAAUUUCUGAGAUUCACGAAAACAACAUUCUAUAACCCAUUUGGAGAUUGUGUUGUGUUAUUUUCUAGUUGUUUGCUGCUAUUGCUUUUUAAACCACUUGCAUUUACUGUCUAAAUACAAAUGGACCUACUUGUAACUUUUGGUACCAAACGGAUGGGGGACCUCCUGUGGGUGUACUGGCUGGUACUGUAGCCUGACUGUACUGUAGAGCGUAUAUGUUGUGUGCGUCAUUCAUGUUUGAGGUUACUAAGUGUUGUGUUGUCAUUUAAUCUGUGAAUCAUGCUAACAUGACAUCGUCAGUCUGGGUGGGGCUAAAGAUACAUUGAGAAUACUACUCUUACGAUUCUUUACCCACAAAGGUCUGAACUGAUCUGAGAUCUGACGUCAUCAGAUUGUUAACAAUACAUGCAUUAUUACUCCAGGUUCCAGCAGCUGAUCUCAGUGUUCCACAUACAGUAGCUCUUGUUGGCCAUUUUAGCAGCUGCGUCACCAUCCAGAACUCAUUGUUUUUUUUACAAAGAUUUAAACUCUCCAACUGCAAUUUGUAAAAUGUUGUCUUUUCUAUUUCUAAAAUGAUUCCUUUUGAAAACUAAAUGUACACAUUUUAUUAUAACAUUUAAUUGGAAAGAUAAUCAGUCAAAAAUAAUCUGAACUACAUUGUUUAGCAAAGGUUUGCCUAAACAUAUAUUUGAAUCUAUAUGUCUCAUUAUGAACAACUGUAUCAGUGAAUGUAGUUGGAAACCAUAACACUGGCAGCAUAUUCACACGCCACAAUAUCUCCCCCCAGAGCAUGAAUUAGAAGUCUGAAGGGAAUAGAGAAUCCAUCCAAUGUCAUUCAUCUACAUGCAGUUCCUGUUCGUGAUUUAAUGAAUGUAUGAAUGUACAUACAGCAUCUUCACCACCACGACCACAGAGGAACAGGGAAGUGGGCCAUGCUUGAGAUUCAAGAGAUGUUUUGUUCUCUUCAAUACAUCAGUCCUAUUAUAUAUUCUCUACUCCACUCUACCUGGUUUGAGAUAAGAAUAUAAGAAUAUACAUAAUAUUUAUAUGGAAUAUAAAUGUAGAUUAUGAAUGCUCCCUGGUGUUCAACCAUUACUCAGUAAUCUGUGUCAGGCCACUUAUGAAUGUGAUGUGUACCGAUUUAAAGAGCACCCCACAGUUUUUGCUCUGCCACUACACAGCUACCACCCCUUUUCAUUGAUGUUUACAUUUCCCUUCUGUUGAGGCUCCUCCAGUUUCACCAUCAGGAUCCUCUGGCCUUUGGCUUUCAACACCGUUCCCACUGGGCAAACACUAGUUGAAUCAACGUUGUGAACUAGGCAAGUCAGUUAAGAACAAAUUCUUAUUUUCAAUGACGGCCUAGGAACAGUGGGUGAACUGCCUGUUCAGGGGCAGAACGACAGAUUUGUACCUUGUCAGC